AACGGGAUUGGCUUUAAGGUGCCUUCCAACCCAGACUAUUCCAGGAUUCUGUAUCUCCUAUUCUUAAAUUGUAUUUGAGAAUUGAACUAUUUCCUACGCUGUGGAUGGAUAAAUGGAUGUGGAGUGACUUCUGGUGGAGUAGUAAGGACUUCUAGCAGGAGCCCCUGUUGCUUUGGGAAGCACAAUGACCGUCUCACAGCUCUGUUUGGAGGAGAGGGUGUAGAAGAUCUGCUGCCACUGCACUCUCCCGAGGUAAAAAUGGUGCAGAAAUACCAGUCCCCAGUUCGAGUCUACAAAUACCCUUUUGAGCUCGUCAUGGCAGCCUAUGAGAAGCGCUUUCCUACAUGCCCAGAGAUCCCAGUGUUCCUGGGGAGUGAAAUCCUGCACGAAUCCAGGAGCGAGGACGGAGCCAUCCAUGUCAUUGAGCGCAGCUGCAAGCUGAAUGUGGAUGCUCCCAGGCUGCUCAAGAAGAUUGCAGGGGUGGAUUAUGUCUUCUUCAUCCAGAAGAACACAGUGAACUGGAGAGAGAGAACCCUGCGCAUCGAAGCCCACAACGAGACCUUUGCCAGCCGUGUGGUGGUCAGGGAGACCUGCAGCUACUCAGUUCACCCUGACAACGAGGAGUGGACGUGCUUUGAGCAGUCGGCCUCUCUCGACAUCAAAUCCUUUUUUGGCUUUGAAAGCACUGUGGAGAAAAUUGCCAUGAAGCAGUACACCUCCAACAUCAAACGGGGCAAGGAGGUGAUUGAGCACUACCUGAAGGAGCUGAUCUCCCAAGGGAUCACAUUCAUCCCGCGCUGGAGCCCUCCCGCGGCCAAGGAUGAGCGAGCCCCGGCUGUGGGACGGGCCCCUGGUGACAUCCUGCUGGAUUCUGGGGCUGCUGGCACCAGCAGGGAGCCGGCUGUGAGCCCCUGCCCUGCCCCAGAGGCUGCCAGCCCUGACGCUGACAAACUGGACGCUGAUUACAUCGAGCGCUACCUGGGCCAGCUCAGCCCGAUGCAGGAGAGCUGCCUGAUCCGCCUGCGCCAGUGGCUCCAGGAGACUCACAAGGGAAAGAUCCCCAAGGAUGAGCACAUCCUGCGUUUCCUGCGUGCCCGCGACUUCAACAUCGACAAAGCGCGGGAGAUGCUGUGCCAGUCGCUGGCCUGGCGCAAGCAGUACCAGGUGGAUUUCAUCCUGCAGUCCUGGAGACCCCCAGCCCUGCUGCAGGAGUACUACACCGGGGGCUGGCACUACCAGGACAAAGAUGGGCGACCACUCUACAUCCUGCGCCUUGGCCAGAUGGACACCAAGGGUUUGGUGAAGGCCCUGGGAGAGGAGUCCCUGCUGAGACAUGUUCUGUCCAUUAAUGAGGAAGGACAGAAGAGAUGUGAGGAAAACACCAACAUCUUUGGCCGCCCCAUCACAUCCUGGACAUGCCUGGUGGAUUUGGAAGGGCUCAAUAUGAGGCAUCUCUGGCGGCCUGGGGUGAAGGCCCUGCUCAGGAUCAUUGAGGUGGUGGAGGACAACUACCCUGAGACCCUGGGGAGGCUCCUGAUCGUGAGAGCACCACGGGUCUUCCCUGUGCUCUGGACCCUGGUCAGUCCCUUUAUCAAUGAGAAUACCCGGCAGAAGUUCCUCAUCUACAGUGGCAAUAACUACCAGGGCUCAGGAGGGCUGGUGGACUAUGUGGACAAGGAAGUGAUCCCAGACUUCCUGGGAGGAGACUGCAUGUGCACUGUUUCAGAAGGGGGACUCGUCCCCAAGUCCCUUUACCAGACCGAGGAUGAGCUGGAGAAUUCGGAUCACAUCCGGCUGUGGACAGAAACCAUCUACCACUCUGCAAGUGUCCUCAAAGGAGCCCCACACGAGAUACUUGUGGAGAUCCUUGAAGGGGAAUCUGUCAUCACCUGGGACUUUGACAUCCUGAAGGGAGAUGUGGUGUUCAGCCUCUUUCACUCCAAACGAGCUCCUGAGCCAAGUCACAAGGAAGCCACAUCACCAAGUCCCUCUGCUGCAGGGGACAAUGUGCAGCUCAUCGACAAGAGCUGGGUGCUGGGGGUGGAUUACAGCCGGGUGGAGUCUCCUCUGGUCUGCAGGGAAGGAGAGAGCAUCCAGGGGUCCCAUGUCACACGCUGGCCUGGCUUUUACAUCCUGCAGUGGAGGAUGCACGGGCCCCUGCCCUGCUCCAGCUCCAGCCUCCCACGUGUGGAUGAUGUCCUGGCCUCCCUGCAGGGCUCCAGCCACAAGUGCAAGCUCAUCUACUACUACGAGGUGCUGGCCUCCAAGGACUUCAGGGGAUCCAUGUCGAGCCUGGAAUCCUGCAACAGUGGCUUUUCCCAGCUGAGUGGAGUCACCACAUCUUCCAGCCAGUCCCAGAGCAGCUCUCACCUCUCCAGAUAGCAGAGCCAAAGCUACAGCAGCAGGGGGACCCAGGGGCUGCUCCAGCCCCAAACCAAAGAGCUCCAGGGCUGAGCCGUGGGGCAGUCACAGCCAUUUGGACACAGAGAGGCCUCUGGGAGCUGCUUCAGCCACAACAACUGAAAUUCUAAGGGCAGGUUUAGGAGUUUUGGGUCAGCUGCCUGCUUCUCAGCUGCCUCCUUCACCACCUGUGGAUUUUGGGUGCCUGUGAGUUUGCAGGAAUCCAUUCCACUCCACUGCAAAGGGCUCUUCCCAUCACUCCUUUUCCCACAGAGGAGGCUGAUGUUGCCUUACUUGUUGGACCUUUAGAUAAUUCCUGGGUGGCAGAACCAGGGGAAUGUCCUGGGUGCCCACAGGGUACUGGUUCCACCCUGGACAGCCAGCCCCACUGGGCAGGGCAGGACCUUGGAAGGAACUGCCAGCACCUGGGUACAGGUAGGACAGUUCAGAAAUCACUUCCAGGCCAAACCAAAAACCUCUUCUGGUCUGGCAGGAUGCUCUGGGAAAUGUAUUGGAUUUUUUUAACCCUGCUGAGAAAAAAAAUCAAUUUUUUUUAAGAGAUUCCAGGCAUUGAAUCUGCCUGCAGUGAGUGGCAUCUUCCAAACUAUUGUUUCUUUUUACUCAGGUUUACAGCAAUAAUGAGUAGGUCUGUCCCAUUCCCAAGUGGAUGGGAACUGAAUCCAGUCCUAAAGGGCUAAGAAAAGCAAUAUUUGAUUUCCUGAAGGCACAAGGUUUUCUGGCAGUAUUACAGAACUUGCUUCUUUUAAACAUGAGCUCACUUGAAAUCUUUCAGAGAGGCAUGUAUGUAUGUAAGCACUUACUGAAGCCUAUUUAUUCUAUACUAGCUUAUUUUAAAUUAAUUUUUAACUUAUUUAUAAUGUCAGAAAUUACUAUUUAUUAAAUACAGGCACCUUUUUUUAAUGGGAUGAACUUUGAUUUAGAAAGGAAUAACAUUGUCUUUAAUCCCAAGCAGUCUUUCUGCUUGGGUCCUGAUCUUUGUGAUCACUGGAUGUUCUUGCAAAAGGGCUGCAUUGGAGUAAGGGCUGUGUCACCUUCCUUGCAAGGAAAGGUGAGAGUCUAGUGCUUUUUUAGGCUGUUUUUUAGGAUUAAGAAAAAAGGAUUGAGUUCAGGAGCUGUCAUGAAGAUGCACUGUCUUCCUACACACCAAAAAUGCCAUGUUUGUCCCUAAUCUCUGCUCCUGUAGUAAGGUUGGGGAGCAAAGUUAUCCAUGUUCUUGUCCAGGCAGAAAAAAAAUGAGAGAGGGUGUCAAAUAUUCACCAAGUUUUCAUUCAGGAAUCUGUGAAGUCGAUCCUUCCCACCCUGCUUUUUUUAAUCACUGGUUUCAAAGCACCAGGCUCUGCCAACAGAGAAAAGAGCCAAAAUAUUUGGGACAAUGGGAGAUAAAGAAUUUGACGUGGUUUUGAGUUGUUUGGUGGCUUUUUUUUAAGGAUUGGAGCCAAGGGAAUCACUGUGCACCUUGCAUCUCUCCCUGUGAAGAGGUAAUUUGGAUAUGUAGAGCUCAGGGAAGUUCUGAUUUCCAGUUCUCAGUUGUUCUACAGACUUUAAUGUUUCUCCCAGACAAGUAAAACUUCUGUCUCUGGCAUUUCAACAUAGCUGGAGUCUGAUAAAGAGGGACAAAUACCACCUUUUCUCUGGAAAGUCAAGAAUUCUGGAAGCAAAAGUUCAUGUGUGUAUCCCUCAUGGAAAAUCCUUGACUGAGAAUAAAAUCUGAUUCUAGAAACAG